AUGACGACGGCGCUGCGAGAGACAGCAUCGCAGCUCGCCAAAGCCAAGAAACCCCUGUCCGACUUGAACCAAAUCCGCCAAGCUAUCAAGGCACUUCAAAAAGACGCCGCGGAACAACUCCACCUUGAACUCGAGUCGCAAGCGACGUUUGCGUACUUUAGCACGCAGCUGGGAGCGCUCAAACAAGCGUUCGAAACUCUUUCGGACGUCUUGAUGGCCGAGGUAGACAACGUGCGCAAGGAUGCGAAUCGACGACUGCAAGCGCUGGAAGUCGAGGUCGACCGGCAACGAGAACAGUUUACGUCGGCGUCGCGUGAGCUCGACACCGUCAAGCGUACGUGGGAGGUGUGGAAUCUGAAAGAGCGGGAUUGGGCCAAAGACAACGAAAUCCUCAAAGCCAGCCACAGCCACAACGUCGAGUGGAUGCAGUCGCUGCAGCGCGACGUGAUGGACACCAAGGAUCGCGUCCACGAACUCCGCCACGACCAUACAAAUCGGGCCAAAACCAUGGCAGACGAAGCCGCGACGUUGCGGACGCAAUGGCAAAAACAAGUCGAGAGCAUCAGCGACCAGCUGCAUGGGUUUGAAGUGUCUGCUGCGUUACACCAACGUGACUUGAAAGCGUUUGCGCAGCAACGGCUAGACGACCUCCACAUGAUGGAACAGGCACUGAGUACCGUCCAAACACAGCAGAUUCGGCUCACGAGCGCUGUGGACGAUGGCUUCCAUCACGCCCAGGCAGAGGUAUGUGGGGUCGGUCGCAAGGCAGACCAGUUGGGCGUCAAGUUCGCCGCAGUGGCGAACCAAGUCGACGCGCUAAAGACCCAAUUGUAUGCCCUGGAGCGGGAGCAGACCCAGCGAAUGGAGAGCGUGAGCUCCAUGUUCACGGUCAGUUUGCCGUAG